GUCGACUUCCCCUCGCAUGGAGAAGACCAGAGAGAAGACAUGCUCCAACAUUUAGGGAUAUUUAAAGGCGAUCGAUUCCCAUGAAAUCGACAUUGGACAAGAGCAUCGAAAAAUCAUCAGCUCGAACAAAUCAGUCUUCUCAUCCAGCCAACUUCUAAUUCAUCAUGCUCUGCAAGUCUCUCCUCGUUGCUGCGUUGGGUGUUCUCGCUCAGGCAGGCCCCAUUGCCAGACGCGAUGCAGCGACGGUCUUGACGGACCUGAAGACAAUCUACACCGAUGUGUCGACCCUCAAUACCGAUGUGACCGCCUGGACUGGCGACCUCUUGGCUGCCCUGGGCAUUCUGACCGACUACAACAACGUCAAGAGUGCCCUGGACACCGCUAUCACCGACACCGUGGCCGCCUCGACUUUCAGCACCGCGGACAGUGCGAGCAUCACGUCCGAGGUGUCCACUCUGGCCGUGCUCAUUGUCGCGACCCUGAACGAGAUCAUUGCCAAGGAAUCCACCGCCGCGUCCGCCGGCGUCUCCUCCACCCUGCUCUCGUCGGUGGAGACCCUCAAGACCGAGACUGACCAGCUUGGAGCGGACUUGGAGGCCAAGGCCACCUCGACCGAUAAGACGACCAUCGCCUCGGCCAUUGCGUCGGUUGAUGCUGCCUUCGCCAGCGCGAUUGCUGCAUAUGAGUAAAUCCUGGAGUCAUGGGAUGGGAUCGAGCUGAUUGCUGGAUUUGGGCAAGCCGAUAGGACCAUUUCUCACUUUGGGAAGUGGAAUGAUGAUUGUGAUGCAAAUGUAUGCAGCAAAAAUGGAAGAUGAUCAGACUGAAGAGCAUAAAUGCCAUGGUAGAAUUGUAGCCAAGCUUCCUCCCGGGUCGGGCCGCGCGAAAUACACAUACUAUGUAGUAUUCCGGGUUACCCCGCUUGCUCGAAGGUGGAGUCG